AAGAAAAAAACAGAUCUGAGACGCUGCUGUGGAAUUACAGCCAUGGGCGCGAGAGCUCAUUCUCGACGAAUCUAGUCGCGGAUGCGCCCUUUCGUUUGGAAACGUUUGCAUGAGUCAUGUUACGUGUGAUAAAGUAGCUGGUAGCUAAAAGCACUGUCGUUUUUGCGGUAACGUUUGACUCAUUUUAUUUGGGGGUGUGACAGAAUUAGAAGCGAUACGCAGAUCCACCGAGGCUGAGUCGCUCUGACAAAUUGUUUUUUUAAGUUGAAAACACGGCAGUUUCGUCUGGUUGUACUCCGAGCGGCUGGUGCAGUCAGCUGGGAGCAAGUCCAUUUACAUAAUGUUAUUAGCCAAACGUGUCGGUUCGUUCACUUCGCUCGUGCUGCGUGGGGCUUUUCAGUAGCGCGAGCUCUGUUUUGAUUUCGUUGCACAGAUACGCUGGGCAGGCCUGUUGUGAGUGCGUGUGUCGGUGACCAUGGAGCAUCCAGGCUGCGUUAAUAUCGGCAGUCUCACGAGUGCAUUACCGGUUAUCCCUUAUCGAAAGCUAACAGACUUGCACUAUAUCAGUAAAGGCGGGUUUGGAACCGUAUUCCGAGCACAGCACAGUGACUGGCGCACAACCGUCGCCAUUAAGUGUUUGAAACUGGAUUCGCCUGUUGGUGAAAGGGAACGCAAUUGUUUACUUAAAGAGGCUGAGGUACUACACAAGGCCAGGUUCAACCACAUCAUCCAGAUCUUUGGGGUGUGUAAUGAGCCAGAGUUCUUCUGCAUAGUCACGGAGUACAUGACCAACGGGUCCCUGGAUGAGCUGCUACAUGAGAAAAGCAUGUACCCUGUGGUGGCCUGGCCCCUGAGGUUACGUGUUCUGUACGAAAUUGCACUAGGGGUCAACUUCCUGCAUAACAUGAGCCCUCCACUGCUUCACCAUGAUCUGAAGACACAGAACAUCCUUUUGGAUGGAGAGUACCAUGUGAAGAUAGCUGACUUCGGCCUGUCUAAAUGGCGCCAGCUCUCCAUUAGCAAGGGGUCUGGUUCAAAGCCAGCUGAGAUGGGUGGUACGGUUAUCUAUAUGCCACCUGAGGAGUAUGAACCCAACAGGACCCGGCGGGCUGACGUCAAGCAGGACAUGUAUAGUUAUGCCAUCAUCAUGUGGGAAGUGCUGUCACGACGGAUCCCAUUUGAAGAUGCCACCAACCCAAUGCAGAUCAUGUUUAGUGUCCUGCGUGGGACGCGGCCUGAUACGGGAUUGGAUAGCCUGCCCGCAGACAUCCCUAGCAGGGAGACCCUCAUCAACAUAAUGACCUGCGGCUGGACCGCCAACCCAGACGAACGUCCAUCCUUCCUCAACUGUCUCAAAGAGCUGGAGCCCAUGUUGCGGAGGUUUGAUGAAAUCGACAUCCUGGAGGCUGUGCUGGAGGUCAAAAGGUCAAAGUUCAAGCGGCCACUGGGCCCCGGACUAACGACGCCGACUAAUUCCAAGAGGAUGGAAGGAAAAAGUCUGAAGCAGCACACCACACCAUGGCCUGACAACAGCUCUACCUCCGGAUCAGGUUCCUGUUCUUCCCAGGAUACGGAUAUGUCCCAGCCAGGCUUCCUUACCAUCUCAAAUCCCUCCCAAGGCGGAGGACCCUUGCCAUCUGUCCUGUCCCUGCCUAUGGACUCCCCAAAGCCCCUUAUGGAUCAAGGCAGCCAGAACAACCUGAACCCUGAGUAUCAGACAGCACAGCCCGUUUCAGACUUCAACAUCCCCCUGAAACCCCACCCCCCUCAGACUGAGAGUGACCUGCCCCUAAAUAUUCACUCACUCACCCUGCAGGCACACCCACAUGACUUCCCGUCAGCGUCGGACAACCAGGGCCCAGCCGCGCGCUGGAUUGGCUGGCGGCGGGAGGAGGUGGUGCAGCAGAUGACGGAGGCAUGCCUGAACCAGAGCUUGGAUGCACUGCUCUCUCGCGAGCUCCUCAUGUGCGAGGACUACGAGCUCGUGGCCAACCAGCCGACCCGUACAGCCAAGGUGCGCAAGCUGCUCGACACAUGUGAGCGCCACAGUGAGGAGUUCUGCCGAGUGGUUGUGCGCAAGCUCCAGGAGAACAAGCAGAUGGGCCUGCGGCCCUACCCGGACCUCACCUCUCCGACAGUGACUCCACCUCCUCCCUACACCUCAGCCAGUGCUCCCUCCCUCUCCACUUCUUACAACAACACCCACAUGUUCUGAGCCCACUUCUGAGACCUCACAACUGGAUGUCCAUGAGAGAUGGCUCAAGUUGUCUACUUCUUUUUUCCAUAAAUUGCUUUGCUGCUUUUUGCUAAUUGGAUAAGCAUCAUUGCUUGCAUUGUCAGAUGGUGGAAUUUUUCACAUUAGCCUUUGUCCCACUAAGCAGUCAGCCCUUCCAGUUCAGUUGGCAUGCUGAUUAGUUCAUCUAAACUGGUGGUUUUUCCUGUUAUGAGAGGCCAUAGAAUGGACAGAAGAAUCUGUUAAAGCGAACUGGGUGAAAUCUUUCUGUCUUAUGGAGGUUUCCAGCCUUGUGUGGCCAUACUGAUGAAAACCUCUACAAACCUGCAGCUCUUGUCUUCCUCUUUAAAGGUUAUGAUUUUCUUUCCCCUAUACUGGACAAAGGUCCCUUAUGUAGCUUUGAUACACUGUGGGAAUCAGAAACCUGGACAUCUGGCUUUUUUCCUUCACAACAAACUAGGCCUUUUUAUUUUUCUGAUGAACUUCGUAAAAAGGUCAAUUGUGGUCAGUUAGGUUUUUGAACAAGGCCUCAGAAAAGUCAACCAGAUAUUAACUGAAUUCUUCUGAAAUUUAGUUUCCGGUCUUGAAAUGGCUUUUUUUUUUUGUUUUGUGUGUAGGUAAAUGAUUUUGAAUAUCAUACAUGGUUGAUGGCUGUGCCUGAAAUUGUUCCCUGUUUGUCGUUAUGUGCACUAUAUUCGGUUCAGCCUUUUUGAACAGGUGUUCAAAACCUCAGAACAGUAUGUCUGUUCACUUGUUCACUACAUUUUCACAAUGCAUCAUGAUGGCAUACUAAAAAUAAAUGCUACUUCCGCUGAUAUAUACCCCAGUGAAAUGCAGGUACUAACACUCCUGAAAUUGCCUUUACUAAUAUAAUUUAAAAUUAUUUGGGGGAAAAUCAUAUUCUACAUUUGCUUAAGAUAGCAAAGCCACAAUAAAGCUUUUAAGCUUAGUAUAAAAUGGCUCUUCAGUAGUGAGGUUAUGAAAGAAUUAUGGCAGUGGCUGACAGAGGCCUCUGUCAAAGACUGUUGCUCAUUUCACAGCUGUUUGCAUAUAGGGUAAUAUAAGUAAAUAAUGCAUUUUCAUUUUAGAUUUAUGGCAUUUAUCUGACUUGCAAUUAUGACCGAAUACAACUUGAGCAAUUGAGGGUUAAGGGCCUUUCUCAGGGGCCCGACUGUGGCAAAUUUGUGGUGGUGGGGCAAGCUUUAAAUUACAAGUCGAGUACCUGAAACACUGCCCCAUAAUAAUAAGUGAUUUCAGACAUAUUUAUUGCUUUGGAAGAAGGUUCUAAUUUUGAUUAUCAGCCUUGUGAGCUUUUCACAGUUGAUCUGGGAUUUCACUGUGGUGUUUGGGUGAAAUUGCCUGUUCUGAAUUUUCAGCAUGGCUCAAAUGUGCUCUCUGUCUGAGGCACUGUUAAAAAGUAAGGUGGAAAUAAGAACAUGUCUUCAGCUUUAAUAUGCCUUCAAAAACAGAAACCCAGUGCUGUGAUGAAGCGAAUCACCAUCUCUCUCCGUUAGUGGGUUUUUUUUGUUUGUUUGGUUUUUUUUGUUUUUUGAAGCAGCCGAACAAGCAAAGGGAAGUGUUGUAGUGCUGAGUCUGUGGUAUACUCGUGAGAGUGAUUUAUACACACUAAAUGCUGGUUAGUGAAUAUUUGGCUCUGUGGGCAGUGGCUUGUACCUUUCCUGACAGCUAUGCAACUGUCGAGAUGGAGAAUACCAUGUCUGAUGUUUAGGUCUGGAUUUCACUUGCGCUAGAAAAUGUCCAAUGUGUAAUAGAUGUCCAGUUAUAGAGGGAAAUUUAAUUCUAAUAAGUUAUGAGGGAUGGUUGGACUUUAGUGCCCAAAAGGCUGGUAACCUUUAAGGCUGGUUGCACUGGUAUCUUUUAUGUUUGAGUUUUGUUUUGUUUUUUUAGAAAAAGUAGAAUGUGUUCAAGUUUACAUCACAAUACCCAGGUGCAGUGUGUGUAUGUUUUUAGUUGAAGCUUAUGGCUUUGGGCUGUGUGGGUGUAGUUGUGUCCUGAGCUUCAAAUGGAUUACAAGACAAAACUCAGUCUGAAAAAAUUUUGCCUGGUAAAAUUCCACUGGACUGAACAAAAUGGAUCGUGGAUCAUUUCAGUUGUCAGUUCUCUUUUUUUUUUUUUUUUUAUGUCUGCUGCUUUUAGGAAAAACAUGAUUUGCUUGGUUCUGUCUGUAUCCACGAUAUUUAUUUUUUCAAUAGUCAACUCCAGAAUUAUUGUCUCCCUUCAUGAAAAAGAGCUAAAAUCAAUAUAAAUAAACCUCACAUCCAAUGAGUGAUAUUAGGCUUAACUAAUAGGUGAUGUGUGUUUGUUUGUUUACACUGUGUUCCGUUAUUAAUAUAUGGUGAAGACUCCCCUGGCAAGGCUAACAGCAAUUAGCUGUUUUCCGUAAUGUUUAGCAAGGUUAGAAAAUGUUUGGACAUAACAGGUUUUUAACUUGGUUCAGAUCUGGAGUUGGAGAGGACCGUUGCAAAACUGAUUGUAUUCCUACACCCAUUUCCAUCUGGAUUUUUGAUGUGUUUGGGGUCAUUAUCUUGCUGAAAGGUCCACUCUCUGCCAAGUUUCAGCCUUCUGACAAAAGCUGACAGAUUUUGACCUAAAAUGUCCAUAAUACUUCAUUAUGCCAUUAAUUUUCACAACAGCACUAGCAGCAAAAUAGCAAAAUGUACUAUUUAAACAUUUUUAUUAUUACCCUGGUUGUGCUUAAUAAUAAUGCCAACUGACUGUUCAUUUUUAUAAUAACCAUUCACAUAUCUGCAAGUCCACAACCUUUUAAUUUGACUUGAGAUAUCUUUGGUUUUGCCCAAGUUGAUGGUUGACAAAGGGAUUUUGUCAGUGGAUGUCAUCUCAUAUUUACGCCCUAGCAAACUGUCACAACAGUGCAGUUCCUGCAAACUAGGAGCAAUUAAGAAUGGCAUCUUUGGGGGAAAUUACCCAUUUUAGAUUUUUAUACCAGCAAAUUUUGUCCCAUGUUUUUUAAAGAACACAUUGAUUUAUUAUUUUUUUCUGAAAAUAAACCCUUCUUAUAGAAAUCAGUUCUAUUUGAUCUUUCUUGAUGAAUAUUUUAAUUACACGUGUUAUUUGUUUUAUAGGAUUUUUUUUGGUGCAGUUUCCCCAGAGCUGCCCAUAAUUCUGGAGUUGACUGUAGUUAUGUCUAUGCCUUGGCUAUAUAGAGCUAAAGGAAGUGAAAACUCCUUGCCUUACUGGCUCAGAGUCUUCUGCUUUUUUAUUUAGACUUCUAGGAAGGAGCAGCCUUACCUACUGGACUGCAUCUUAAUAGCUGUUACACUUAAAUAGCUGUUAGUUUUGCGGCGGUCUCCAUGAGGCAGGAAACCAGAUGGGCUUAAAGUCCGUUUUUACACUGCAAACUGCAGAUCCCUUCCUGUAUAUUGCAAUAGGUUACACUUGGAGAAAUGAAUGUGAUAUAUUGACCCUUCUGCUAUUGGAACUGUUUUGUAUGCAGCCCAUGAUUUGUGUUUUGUAUUUAUGGCAAAGAUGAAAUGUUUCAAAUUUGUGUGUGUGUGUGGGUAGACUGCACUAGACAUUACCAUGAAAGUCACUUGGGUUGUGUUUCUCCUGAACUGGCUUAUAAUUUAAGUUAUUUCAUUGUGCAAAGUACUGUGCCAAUUCCUAUGACUGAUGCAGCGUGGUAGGAAUAUAUGCCUUUUAUAGACCUGCUCAUCAGAACAUCAUACCACAUUAUCAGAUUCACAGCCUGGAAAUUCGCACUCAUUACCAAACACAUUCUGGGGGAAUUGUCCAUUGCCUUAAUAUGUAAAAUGCAGAUGAUUGGUUACUGUUGUCAUAGUGACAUCAUCCCUUUGCCUUGUAGUUAUAAACUUCAUAGAAGUGCCAUAUCUUCAGUUGGCUGAAGACAUCUCCCACCUUUUGUCUGUAAGGCUAGAAGCUGUGCUCAUCCAUAACCAUGUGCACAUCACAAAUACUGUAUAACCCAUGUAGCAGUGUACAGUUGUCAGAAAUGUGAUUUCUGUACAUGGUGAGGAACCUCCAGAUGAGGACUACCUUUUCAAGUUGUUAUUAAAAUGUGUCAUUCCUUCCA